AUGAAUCAUAUACCGUUUUUCAAAAAGAAAAAAGUUGAAGAGACAAGUCGACAAAUUCGAGCCAAUGAUCAUCAUGGCAAUGCGAUGAAAGAAUUUGCCGACAAUCGAAUAUCAACAUCAAAAUAUAAUUUAAUAACAUUUUUACCUAAGAAUCUCUUUGAACAAUUUCGUCGAUUAGCUAAUGCCUAUUUUUUAUUUAUUAUGUGUUUGCAAUUUAUUCCACAAAUUUCUUCAUUAACACCUGGUACGAGUAUUGCACCACUUGCUGUUGUUUUAUCGUUAACUGCAAUCAAAGAUGCUAUUGAUGACAUUAGAAGACAUCGAAGUGAUAGGCAAAUAAAUAAUCGUGAAACAAAAACAGUUGUUGGACAUGAAUUAGUAACUAGAAAAUGGAAAGAAAUUAAAGUUGGUGAUAUUGUACGAUUAGAAAAUAAUGAAUUUAUUACUGCUGAUAUUGUUCUUAUAUCAACUAGUCAACCAAAUGGUCUUUGUUUUAUUGAAACAGCUGAAUUAGAUGGAGAAACAAAUCUUAAAGCACGUCAAGCUUUAGAAGAAACAUGUAAUCUUGAAGAUCAUAUUGAUCAAUUAUCUAAUUUUGAUGGUGAAAUUGAAUGUGAAGCACCGAAUAAUAAUCUUGGACGUUUUGAAGGAAAUUUAAUGUGGAAGGAAAAAAAAUUUCAAUUAAAAAAUGAUAAUAUUCUUUUACGUGGAGCAAGAUUAAAAAAUACACAAUGGGCUUUUGGCAUUGUUUGUUAUGCUGGUCAAGAUACAAAAAUAAUGAAAAAUACUGGAAAAAAAAAAUUUAAACGAACUAAAAUUGAUCAUUUACUCAAUCGAAUCAUUCUUGGUAUUUUUCUCUUCUUAUUAAUCAUGUGUGCGAUAAUGACAAUUUGUAGUGGUUUUUGGGAAUCUUUUGUUGGUUAUCAUUUUCGUAUUUAUAUACCAUGGGAAACAUAUCUAUCUUCUAAUCAACAGUUUGGUGCACUUGAAAUAAGUUUAUUAACUUUUUUAUCAUAUGUUAUUAUAUUACAUACUGUUGUACCUAUAUCACUUUAUGUUAGUAUGGAAAUUAUACGUUUAAUACAAUCGAAAUUAAUUGAUUGGGAUAAUAAAAUGUAUUAUAAACCAACUAAUGUACAAGCACAAGCUCGUACAACAACAUUAAAUGAAGAAUUAGGACAAAUUCAAUAUAUUUUCUCGGAUAAAACAGGAACAUUAACACAAAAUAUAAUGACAUUUAAUAAAUGUUCGAUACGAGGUAAACUUUACGGUUAUGUAAUAGAUGAAGCUGGUAAUGAAAUACAAGAUCUCGAAAAAUUAAAACCCAUUGAAUUUCAAGAAAAAAAUAAUGAUUUUGAAUGGUAUGAUAAAAAAUUAUUGGAUGCUAUCGAACAAAAUGAUAAAGAUGUAUAUAAUUUUUUUACAUUAUUAUCCCUUUGUCAUACAGUUAUGUCUGAAGAAAAAAAUGGACAAAUUAUUUAUGAAGCACAAUCACCUGAUGACAAUGCACUUGUUUCUGCAUCACGUACAUUUGGUUUUACAUUUAUUGGUCGUACUCAAAGUAGUAUUACUGUUCGCUUUGGAAAUAAAGAAGAAACAUAUGAUUUAUUAGAAAUACUUGAUUUUGAUAAUGAUCGUAAACGAAUGUCGGUUAUUAUUAAAAAACAUGGAAAGAUAAUUUUAUAUUGUAAAGGAGCUGAUUUUAAAAUAAAGGAAUGUUUAGAUCCAUCAGAAAAAAAAAUCAUGGCUGUAACGAAUGAACAUUUAUAUAAACUUGCAACCGAUGGUCUACGGACACUUGGUUUAGCAUAUAAAGAAUUGAGUGAAAGUGAUUAUAAUAGAUGGGCUCAAAAAUUACAUGCAGCAAAUACAAGUAUGGAAAAACGAGAUGAAAAAGUCAAAGAUGUCUAUGAAGAAAUCGAAAAAAAUCUCAAAUUAAUUGGUGCUACAGGUAUCGAAGAUAAACUACAAGAUGGUGUACCUCAAUGUAUUGAACGUUUAGCAUAUGCUGGUAUUAAAAUUUGGGUUUUAACUGGUGAUAAACUUGAAACUGCUCAUAAUAUUGGUUUAUCAUGUCGUUUAUUAACAAAUGAUAUGGAACUCUAUAUUAUUGAAGAAGAAAAUGAAGAUGCUGUUAGAAAAAAAUUACAAGAAAUUCGAAAUGGUAUGAUUAAUAAAAUUGAACAAUUAUUUAAUGUUUAUAUUGAAAAUAAAAAUAAAAGACUUGAUUGGAAAGAUUGGGGAAUUGAUGUUAUGAAAUUUAAUCGAUAUAGAAAAUCUAAUUAUCAAUAUAAUAGUAAAACACAACGUCUAAAUAGUCAUGGAAUAACAACAAUUGAUACAUAUCAACAAGAUAAUGAACAAUUUGAAGGUUUCGGUUUAUUAAUUACAGGUCAAGCAUUAGUAUUUGCAUUAAAUGAAAAAUUAAAAAUGAAAUUUCUUGAAAUUGGUACAAUGUGUAAAGCUGUUGUUUGUUGUCGUGUAACACCAUUACAAAAAGCUCAAGUUGUUGAUUUAGUUAUGAAAAAUGAAAGAAAAAUUACUUUAGCAAUUGGUGAUGGUGCUAAUGAUGUAUCAAUGAUACAAAAAGCACAUAUUGGUGUUGGUAUUAGUGGACAGGAAGGUCGACAAGCUGUACUAGCAAGUGAUUAUAGUUUAGGACAAUUUUGUUUUCUUGAAAGAUUAUUACUUGUUCAUGGUCGUUGGUCAUAUUUAAGAAUUUCAAAAUUUUUACGUUAUUUUUUCUAUAAAAAUUUUGCAUUUACAUUAUGUCAUUUUUGGCUUGGAUUUUUUUCGGGUUUUUCAGCACAAACAUUAUAUGAUCCAUUCUUCAUAGCAACAUACAAUGUUUUCUUUACUUCAUUACCUGUUCUAGCAUUAGGUGUUUUUGAUCAAGACAUAAGUGCUGAUCAUUCAUUAAAUAAAGCAUAUUUAUAUACACCUGGUCAAAAUGAUGAAUUUUUUAAUAAAAAAAUCUUUGCUGAAAGUGUUAUACAUGGUAUACUAACAUCAUGUGUUAUAUUUUUUGUACCAUAUUUAUCUAUAUCAAAUGCUACACGAUCAGAUGGAAUAACAUUAGCUGAUUUACAAUCAUUUGGUUUUGCAAUUGCAACAAUAUUGGUUAUUAUUGUUAAUUUAGAAAAUGCACUUGAAAUGUGGUAUUGGAGUAGUUUAUAUCAUUUUGUUUUAUGGGGUACAAUAAUAGCACAUUUUCUAUUUCAUUUUGUAUUAUAUUCAACAAUAAUUGACAAAAUUUUCAAAAGAAAUUAUCCAUAUGUUGGUGUAACACAAGCUGUUUUAUCGACGGGUAAUUUUUGGUUUACAUUAUUUCUUACAUGUGUUAUAUUACUAAUACCAGUAUUUGCUCGAGAAUUUUUUCGCAUGCGAUUUAUGCCAACUAGAAUUGAUCGUGCCCGAUUAAAUCAGAAAUUUCGUACGGAAGAAAAAGCAGCAUUUGUUACACAUAUACAAUAUAGACUUCGUCAAAGAAGACAAUCGGUUCGAUCAGGUUAUGCUUUUUCGCAGGAAACAGGCUGGGGUCGACUAAUUACUUCUGGACUAAUGCAAUCAAAAUCUAAUAUAUUUACUCGGUCAUCAAAAAUGUAA